GGCAGGGGCGGGAUUUAGGAGAUAGGGGACCCUCGGCUUGAUGGAGCAACAAGGAAAGAAGAGCAUAGCUCGGGGAUAAGAGUCACCCGUGGAGGUCAUUAAAUCAACAGAAGAAGGAAGAGUUGGAACAUCAGGAUGGGUUAUGACCUGGAGAGGUUUGUGGGCUACGUGAAUGAGGGCCUCCUGUGCUGCGUGUGUCGCGAUGUUUUACGGCGCCCCCUACAGGCGCCCUGUGAGCACGCUUUCUGCAGCGCCUGCAUCAGUAGCUGGUUGCUCCAUCACCACACGUGUCCCGAGGACAGGCAGCCACUGGACGUGGGCAGCCUCAAGCCUCUCUACAGGUACAUGCGCAACGAUCUGAACCGUCUGCAGAUCCGUUGCGUAAAUUCCAGUCAGGGAUGCGAGGCGGUGUGCUCGCUAGAGAACCUUCACACGCACGAGGAGGAGUGUGACUUUGCCUUUGUGUCGUGCUCAAACUCAGGGUGUCCCGCGCAAGUGGAAAGACGAGGUUUGGAGGCUCACCUUUCAGAAUGCAACUUCUGCAGCCGAGAAUGUCCAAACGGCUGCGGCCACACUCUCCUCUCCAGUGAGCAAUCGCAGCACAACUGUGUGGCGGAACUUCGCUCCGAAGUGGAAAUGCUGCGGUAUGGAACCGUGAGUGGACCAGCCUUCCACCAGUCAGUCACCUGUCAUAAUCUUUCCAUAUGUGCACCACAAAGGGUUGAGAUGGUGUGCAAGGUGGAGGAGGUGAGACGAGAGAUGGAGUCUCGGUUGGACUCGCAGAGGAGACACAUGGUGCAGAAGGAGUCGCAGCUGAAAAAUGAAGUCGAGGAGGUGAAGGGCCAGUUGUCCCGCGUAAUCUGCGACGUGCGUGCUCUGCUUGGAGCAGAACGUCUAAGGCGACAGGAGCUGGCAGAGGUGGAGUUGGAGAAAAGAGAACUGCUGGAGCUCCUCCGAGACCUGCACCCUUCCAGGAAUCAGCAGUCGGCUGACCAGCUGGGCCAAGAGCAGCGUCAGGAAGAGCAGCAGACACCCCGAUGGGAACCUACCUAUGAGCCACUGAGGCACCAUCGGAGGAAAGCUUCCUUAAACCUAUCCAGUCCUUCGCUUCACUCGCCUCAGGCUUUAAAUGGACCCGGUUGUCCUUCUUCACCUCAGCUGGGUGACGGUGCGCGUAAAAGCGGAACUAGGAGUCUGACGCUGGACUGCAUCAAGAAGAAGAGCCGUGAGGUCACCAUUAUCUGAGCAGACUGGUCCGAAGCUUAG